UAUAGAUUUUAAUUUUGCCGAUAUUUGGGCUCUCUCUAACGUAAAACCCGGAACCAUAAUAUCCCAAACUUUCCCUUUCUGAACAAUUUUUUUUAUUUUCUUCUCUAUUUUUCUGGGGUUUUUUUUGUUCGCCGCCGGUGAACGCCGGCGGGUUUACCGGCGAGUGUUCAUUUUGGGUUCUAAAUUGCAUUUUGAUUCUGCUGUUUGUUUAGAGGUUUUGGCACAGAAUCAGUGAGAGAGAGUGAGAGUGAGAGAAUGUGUUGUUUGUCUGUGUAACUGCAGAAAUUAAGCAAGAAGAUGCUCUGUUUGGCGAUAUUUUAGGGAUUUUGAUUGCGGUUGAUGGUGGUUGCCAUUGCUGUGAUUAAAGGGAAGAUUGCGUGAAACGGAAAAAGAUUUUGAGGAAAGGGGAGUUGAGAAUUCGGUGGUUGUAGUAGUGGUGACUGGAUAAGGAUUUUCUUAGCAGCCAAUCAGUGUGUGCGCGGCGGAUUUCUGUUCCAUUUUUUCGGUGGAUAAUAAGCUACGAGAGUAAAAAAAAGGGAAAGUUGAAGCAAAAUGUUUACAUGCAUAGCAUGUACGAAACAGACAGACGACGGAGGUGAGGAUGGGGCUGCGCGUGGGAGUGGCACGCCUAGUACAAAGGAAGCCGUCAAAAGCCUGACAACGCAGAUUAAGGACAUGGCGUUGAAAUUCUCUGGUGCUUAUAGGCAGUGCAAGCCUUGCACAGGCUCCAGUAGCUAUAAGAAAGGGCAGAGACCUUACCCAGAUUUUGACACAGCUUCAGAAGGGGUUCCAUAUCCUUACAUAGGAGGGGCAAGUGCAAGUUCAACCCCUGCUUGGGACUUCCCUCCUAUUAAUCGCCACCCACAUACAAGAUCUGACUCUAGAUUUAAAGCGGCUUACAGAGGAGACCAGACCCCUGGAGGCGAUUCCACCAUAUCAGCAUGUGAUGUGGUGCUUGAGGAUGAGGAUGAGCCGAAAGAGUGGAUGGCACAAGUGGAGCCCGGCGUUCACAUUACUUUUGUGUCCCUACCCAAUGGAGGCAAUGAUUUAAAACGAAUUCGUUUCAAUCGAGAAAUGUUUAACAAAUGGCAAGCUCAGCGAUGGUGGGGAGAGAAUUAUGACAGAAUAACGGAGCUCUAUAAUGUCCAGAGAUUCAAUCAACAAGCUCUUCAUACGCCACCAAGAACUGAGGACGGGAGGGAUUCUUCUUACUCAAAAGUGGGAAGGGAUAGUCCGAUGACUUCUGCGAACAAAGAUUGGACGCCGAGAAACUAUAAACCUUCGGGAAGUAAAGGAUUUCCAUCUGACCAGCAUUAUGAUCAUGGAAACAGCCACCCAUAUGCAGGUUCAAGCGCCUACCCAGCAGGCAGCGUCAAAGGUGACAUGUCCUCCAUGGAAGCAUCACGCACAACAACCUCUUCUAGAGACGAGCCUUCAAUUUCCAUUAGCAAUGCAAGCGACAUUGAAGCGGAAUGGGUCGAGGAAGAUGAACCGGGGGUCUACAUAACUAUCAGGCAGCUUGUUGAUGGCACUAGAGAACUUCGUCGUGUUAGAUUCAGCCGUGAAAGGUUUGGUGAAAUGAACGCGAAGCAAUGGUGGGAACAUAACAGGGAGAGGAUCCAAGCUCAAUACCUAUAAUUUAUUGAUGGCAGCAACAGGUUUUAAAACUAAAAAGAGUAUGAGAAGGAGCACCUUCAUGUCCCAAAAAGGAGUUCCAAAAAUUUUGUCUUUAGAAUGUAAUAUUCAAAAAAAGCCAUCAGCUGGAUAUAGUGUUUUUUUGCUAAGGAAAACUUACUCACCACCAGCCACCACAGAUACAACAAAAGGAAAAAAAAAAAAAAAAAAAAACCAAAACUUCUGAUUUCUCUAUCAGAAUUCUCCAAGUCAUUCUUUUAUUUUCUUCCAAGCCAUGUCCUUUUUUUUUCCUCCUUCUCUUUUCUUCUAAAUAUUCAUUAUACAAUCUAUUUUUAUCAAAAAAAAUUAUCAAGUCCUGUUGCUGUCUUUCUUUUCAUAUAUCCAAAAAAGAGUUUAUGGAUUUAUCUCAUGCUUAAUA